UUCCAAUCCCCUCCAUAUCAUGUGAUUCAGGUGUUCCAAUCCCCUCCCAAUCAUGUGAUUCAGGUGCUCCAAUCCCCUCCAUGGACACAGGUGUACACAAUCAAGCCCCUAGGCAUGCAGACUGCUUCUACAAACAUUGGUGAAAGAAUGGGUCGCUCUCAGGAGCUCAGUGACUCCAAGCGUGGUCCCUUGAUAGGUGGCCACCUGGGCAAUAAAUCCAUCCGUGACAUUUCCUGGCUACUAAAUAUUCCACGCUCAACUGUUAGUGGGAUUAUAACAAAGUGGAAGCCACUGGGAACAACAACUCAGCCACCAAGUGGUAGGCCACGUCACAUGACAGGGCGGGGUCAGCAGCAUGCUGAAGCGCACAGUGCGCAGAAGUCGCCAACUGACUGCAGAGUCAAUAGCUAAAAACCUCCAAACUUGGUGUGGCCUUCAGAUGAGCCCAACAACAGUGUGUAGAGAGCUUCAUGGAAUGGGUUUCCAUGGCCGAGCAGACUGCAUCCAAGCCUUCCAUCACCAAGUGCAAUGCAAAGCGUCGGAUGCCGUGGUGUAAAGCACGCUGCCACUGGACUCUAGAGCAAAGGAGACGCGUUUUCUGGAGUGACCAAUCACGCUUUUCUGUCUGGCCAUCCGAUGGAUGUGUCUGGGUUUGGUGGUUGCCAGGAGAACGGUACUUGCCUGACUGCAUUGUGCCAAGUGUAAAGU